AUGCAUUCGCUCCUGGGCCGGGAGAAGAAAGAAGAAGAAGCCGGGUUUGGGUUCGAUCUGGGUCUGUCUCCGGGCUUUCUGCCCCAAGCUGCCACGAUGUUCAGCUGUGUGGGCUGCUUUUGGGUGCUCCUCUCCUCCGCUCUGGUCGCUGUCUGCAGCUUCAGUUUCAUAUCUCCUGCCUGGAUUGUUAAGGACCAAUUGAGGAACAACCACCAGCAUCACCAACAUCACCACCACCACAACAACAAGGACUCUGUGAGCUUCGGCUUGCUGUGGCACUGCUCGGAGUCUCUGGAUCACAUGUACCGAUGCUACACCUUCGGGGGACUGGGUAAAUUUGCGGAGAUCCCCUCCAGCUCCUGGCAGACCAGUGCGGUGCUGUGUUCAGGAGGCUGCGCUCUGCUGGCCGUCAGCUCCCUGUUAGCCAUCAUCACCAUCUUCCUGCCCAGUGGAGGAUGUGAGAGGAGGAUCUGCACCCUGGCUGGUUACAUGCAGAUGGCUUCAGUGUUCAUCAUGGCUGCUGGACUGCUGGUCUACCCCUUUGGCUUGAACUCAUCACUGGUCAGGUCCUUCUGUGGAGACUCUGACAUCUACUAUGCUGGCGAGUGCCAAAUCGGCUGGGGCUACAUGCUGGCUAUUGUUGGAGUUAUGCUCACUGUCUUCUUGCCCUUUUUUGCCAAAUAUGCACCGAAGGAGCAGCUAUCCCCCACCCCUUUGCCAACUCUGUUAUAG